AUGGAAAGUUCAAGUUUACAAGCACUUCUAUCCAUAUCAGAAGAGAUGGAAGAACCAUGGCCAAAGAAACUCAAAACAGAUGGUCAAGUGAGCUCAAAUGAGCAGAGGCAGUUGCUAAAAAGUUUAUGCUAUGCAGAUAAGAAAUCACCAAACAUGCAUCUAGGUUUUCCUGAAGGAUCUUGGGAUUUUAGUCAAAUCAAUUUGGAAUUGCAAGAGAAAGACAGCACAAAAACCAACUUAAGACAGUAUCUACAUUUUAGACUUUGCAUGAAUGCCAAUUUGCAUUCCAGAUUGUUAGGAAAUACACCAUUCAUAGAAAAAUGGGCACUUGAAAAUGAUUGCUGUAGCAAUUUAAAAGAUUCUGGUUCUGAAUUUAAUGAAAAUAAUAAUUCAUGGGUCACAAAACCAAAACCUUGGACCAUUUUUGCUAAAGAAAAAGAAAAAUCAAUAGACAGUGGCAACAUUUCAAAGGAGAUUGAGUUACCAUCAAUAAAUACACUUUCUUAUGGCAUCUUGGCAGAAAACAUUGUUGUAAGACUAGAAUAUUUACUUACAGAUGUGCCAGCAUUUCAAACUAAUGAAAAUGGCACAGGUUGUCAUCAUGUACAUGGAGAACAAAACCAUAUUCCCAAACCAGUUGCAGAUGGUAGAAGAAUCAGUGGCAAACCCCCACUGCUGUGUUUGCUAGCUGGCAAUUUCAUGAAAGGAAGAAAAUCAAACACUGGAUCAUUGUUAUAUGAAUAUAAAAAUGUUGUGGGUGAGGAUGAAAAUAUUUUAUUCCGCAAAAAGCAAACAAAUGCCUUGGCAAAGAAUAACUUAAGAAGGAACAAAGUAUAUAAGCACAUGUAUAUAUCUUAUUCAAGAAGCUGCGGAGUUGUAAAUACCAAAUUAGUAAAAUGUGCUGCUUUUGAGUUAUUUCUACAUGAUUGCAGCACUGCAGUUAAAAAGAAUGCCUCAAUAUGCAACCAUUUUUUUCUGCUCAAUACCCAACAAAGGGAAAUAUCCAAUGGCACCAGUACUAUGGAACACUUCGAAUUUUCCAGAUAUACUAUAGAAGAUGGUAUCUUUUCAGUAGUUGGUAAUGAAAAAGAACAAAUGGCAAGGCAACUUGUAAUUUCUAACAAACACAUUUUUCCAGAGAAUGAUUUUCACAACUCUACUUUAUGGGGGGAAAGGUUGUAUAGUCCUAUAGUGCACAAGCUGACAGCAAACUUCAGACUAUUUAACUAUUUGACUUCAGCUCCACUCAAAUUUGGGAAGUGCAGUAUUCAACAAUCAAAUAUUCCAGUGGUGAGUACAAUGGAACCAAAUAUACAAAAGAGAACUGGAAAAUUCUUCAAUGAAAACAAUGCUUUUCCUGUUAAAAAAUUUAUAGCUUCUCAUUUUAUUCUAAGAGCACAUAGCAAAGCAAAAGCAAGCAUAAGCAAAUAUGUCCCAGAAUAUAUAAGAACUUGUAGCAGAGCAAUGAUGAACAAAACAAGGAAGGGUAAUUGUGAAGACUGUGGUUCUACUGAAAUGAAAGUCAAUUUUUAUCCGUUUGACACAUAUAAACAAAUUUGCCUCAGUACUGAUUCAGAGGAAAUUUCAUUUAUAGGAAAUGUGAUCUUUAAUGUUGAAAAUAAUAAAAAAUAUAGCAAAGGAUAUUUUGUUCCUGAUAAAAGAAUAACUUGUAGUGGCUCUGAUACAUUGACUUAUAAUUGUGUUCUCCCUCAGUUAUAUACAAUUUGCAAUCCUUUUUUGGAACAGAAAAGCCAAAGUAAAAAGUCUCAGUAUCCCAAAGAUAUAAACAACAAUAGUCAAAGGCACAUGUGUGAAGACAACAACAUGCACUUCCCUAUUAAUGGCCUUAAUUCUGGAAAUGUACUUAAAUAUAAUGGUGACCAGUAUUUUACUUCAACUGUUUCUUAUGAACUUUGCAUAGAUCAAAAUAGACCAGGGAGCGUCAGAGCUCAGCAUUACAAGAUUUCCCAGCAUGGAAAAAGAAGAAAAGCAAGUGGCUUUGUAUUUGAAAAUAAUAAUAGUGUUUUACCAUACUACCCUGUUUGUAGUUCUAGAAUCUCUAAGAACUUGAAACAUCCUAUAGUUAAAAAAGUAGAAAAUCUGAAUUUAUUGCUUCAGAAAACUAUUUUACCAAACAGCACUCAUAAUCCAGAGCUAGCAUCUGUGAAACAAAAUGCCAAAGAUGUGGAUAAGAAAGAAAAUUCUACUUUUGAGCAGAGUUGUGUAAGCAAAAAGAAAUCACCUCAGAAUAUAACAACGCUAUGUUUCAAUUAUGGAUGUGGGGAAAGUGCUAGUUCUAAAGACAAUUAG